AUGAUGACUGCGAAAAGUGACGAUUCUGCUACUGAAUAUACAACUGUCGCUGAAACCUUAAAUCGAUCCAAAAGAACACCUUCAACGAUUAAUUCAAAAGUUGCAUUUGACGAUUAUCCGAUUUAUAAUCCAGUAGAUGAUAUCAAUUUCGAAAGCGGUAAAUCCUUCCACACCAGUUGUCAUCCAAUCGAUUCGUCAAAAAAAAACAUUGGUAUAGCUGGCGGUAUUAAAUCUGGUAAAUCCACACUUAUAAAUGCCUUACGUGGACUAAAUCCUGAAGAAAAGCAAGCAGCCGGACAUCAGUCAUGCAUGAGAAUGGAACCGUUUAAUUUUCUUGAGGAACAAUUCCAAAACAUAGUUCUUUGGGAAAUUCCGUAUCCUCAAAAAAUUAAUAACAUUGCUGAUAUGUACGACAGAACUAUGGAAUUCGAUAAGAUUUAUGAAAGGAACAAAUUACACCUUUUUGAACUAAUCAUAGUCCUCACACCGCAAGGUAAUCUAACCGACGACGAUAUAGCAUUUUCCCGUAUUCUUCACAGUCGGCGAACACCGCUACUAUUUCUGAAGUCCAAAACAGAUGAUGACUUAGACGCUGAAGCACGAGAAACAGACCAGGAUAUCGUUGGACACAUCUUUUCCAAAGGACUGCAUCAGAAAGCUCAAGUACUUGGAGAUGUUGAGCUGCUGUAUGUAAGUUCACCAGUGGUUCAAGAUAUUCUCUGCGGAAGCACAGCAUCUUUACUGUACAGAGUCGAUGAAGAUAAACUUAUUGCUGUCGUUGGAUUGUAUCCCUGCUGCCACAAGGCGUUACAAAAUCUUGCAAAAGAUCAACUAACUUUGCCGUGCAACUUCAACUAUGAAACUCACACAUUACCAACUGUAUUAGCAGAUGCUGGAUUUGAGAUCUCCUAUGGAACUGACGACCGGGUUUACGGUACUUUCGAAACUAGAUGCUCUGUUAGGAGGGCUGGCAAGACAGCGUUCAACUACGGAUUUGCUGGUAGUCAAGGAGUUGGUAAGUCCGCACUUAUCAAUGGUAUCCGUGCAAUUUCCAGCAAACACCCGUUGGCAGCCGGCCGCACUAAAAUAAAGCCGGGAUUCUGCCAACGUCACGAAUUUGAUGAUGAUGUGCUAGCUUACAGCGUCACAUUAUGGGAAUUACAUUACCCUAAAAAAAUCAUCUUACGCCUUACCACUAAAACUACUUUCCGAAAAACAUUAGCCAACUUUACUGCAGUAUUCAUUGUAAUCAAUGGUUCUCCUACAGAACAGGAUCUCACAUUCGCAAAAAUUGCAUUUAGAAGGAAUGCUACUAUAGUAUUUUUAAACUCAAAAUGCGACAGGAUUCUAAUGGCCCGUUCGCGAAGCGAAGAGAUUCCUGUAGGCGACGUUUUGAAGCAGCAAGUAGUUGAUAAAGGUAAAUUUGAACGGAUAAUGUCCACGAAGGCUCCAGAACUCAAAGGACGCGUCCAUCUUUUUUUUGUCAGCGCACGUGUUUUUAGGGCGUUACGAACAGGCAGCACUGACGCUCAGGUGUUUUUGCUUCAUGAACGUGCUGUGUUUGAUUUUCUAAAACAAAAGAAGAUCAUAGCUGAAAUGUUGGAUGAACCAUCGCCUGACUACAAGGAAAGGUUGUACGCAUGUAUUAAUGACGACAGUCCCACGACACCAAAUGGGAAUUAA